UCCGCGCCGCCUGUGAGUCAGGGCUUUGCCGGGCACGGGCGGCAGCCGGGGCCGGAGCGGACGGGCAGCCUCCGCCGCGGGGCUCCAUGGAGAAAGCGGCGGGCGAAGGCGGCGGCAGCAACAGCAGCAGCCGCAGCAGCAGCCGCCCCACGUCGGCGGGCUCGUCCCCCUCGUCCUCCUCCGCCAGCCGCGGGACCGGGGGGCGCGCAGGCGCCGGCGGCGGCAGGCGGCGGGAGUCGGUGCUGGAAGGGACGCUCAGCAAAUACACCAACCUCCUGCAGGGCUGGCAGAGCAGGUACUUUGUGCUGGACUUUGAGACGGGGAUUCUGCAGUAUUUUAUGAAUGAACAAACUAAAAACCAGAGCCCAAAGCCACGAGGAGCCUUGUCUUUAGCUGGAGCUAUAAUAUCGCCCAGUGAUGAAGUGCCACACAUGUUGGUGGUCUACUCUGCAAAUGGAGAGAUGUACAAGUUAAGAGCUGCUGAUGCAAAGGAGAAGCAGUACUGGAUAACUCAGCUUCGAUCCUGUGCCAAAUAUCACAAGGAAAAUGAUUCUAAGAGCAUCUCAUCCUCACGAAGUAGAAGCUCAUCUUUGCUGCCGCCUGGCACAGCUAAUUCUGCAUCUCCCAGUGGCCAGAAAUACACGAAUCCAAGUGGGCCAACUGUUGUCACCAUCACACAUCACAAAUCACCUGCAGCUGCUCGAAGAGCGAAGAGCCAGAGAUCUGGUCAGCUCCAUGAAGUCCGAGAGAUCAUGAGUCAAGCUGAAGGACAGCAGAAGAAUCUUGUACAAGCCAUUGAAUCUCUCCCAAAUUCUGGGCCUCUUACUGCCUUGGAUCAGGACUUGCUACUUUUAAAAGCUACCUCUGCUGCCACCCUGAGCUGCCUUGGAGAAUGCCUGAGUCUACUACAGCAAAGCAUGCAUCAAGUGGGCCAACAGCAUAACAGGACACUGUCAUCAGAUGGUAUCCUGGGAUGGCCUGGGCCCAAGUCACACUCCACAGAGGAGCUGAAAAACGGUGCCCUCAGCUCCUUAUCAUCUGCUAGUGCCAACAUUACGUGGGCAAGUACCAUAGUACCAUCUGCAGCCCAGGAUGCACAGGCACUACAGCCAAACACUGAGCAUUCAGCUUCUGAGUUGAUCCUAGUUGAAGAUGAAAUGACAGAUACUGAAGAUAAUGAAGAGGAGGAUUUAGGAGUCAUGGAUGAUCAACGCAGUGUAAUUCUCCAUCUCAUCUCUCAGCUCAAACUUGGCAUGGACCUUACCAGGCCAGUUCUUGUGUGUUUUGCCCCUGUGGACAGCCAAGCUUUCCUGUUUAUAAAAGUGUGGUUCCGGAGAGCUAUGGAGUGCUGUCUCUUGCUAGGCAGGCUUUCCCAUGAAGUGACCACAUCAGGUGUUCUUCACUUGCUGGAACAUGAAGAGGAGUAUGUCUUCACCCUGCCCAGUGCCUACGCUCGCUCAAUCCUUACCAUCCCGUGGGUGGAGCUUGGAGGGAAAGUCAACAUCAACUGUGCCAGAACGGGCUAUUCUGCCACGGUCACCUUCCACACCAAGCCCUUCUAUGGAGGGAAGGUCCACAGGGUUACAGCUGAAGUGAAGCACAAUCCAACGAACACCAUUGUGUGCAAGGCACAGGGAGAAUGGAAUGGCACCCUGGAGUUCACUUACAGCAACGGAGACACCAAAGUGAUUGACACCACCAAACUGCCUGUUAUCAGGAAAAAGAUCAGGCCCACAGCAAACCAAGGGCCACUGGAAUCAAGGCGCCUGUGGCAGCACGUCACCAGCUCCCUGAAGGAGGGGAACAUCGAUGCCGCCACGGAGCACAAGCACCGCCUGGAAGAGAGACAGCGAGCAGAGGAGCGGCAGCGAGCGGCGCUCACAACUCCCUGGAAACCCAAAUACUUUGCCAAAGAGGGUGACGGCUGGCUGUACGUGAAUCCUCUCUGGAAGACCCAUUGACAGGAGAGAGCAGUUGCCUCAUAACUGUACCUGAAAGGCAUUAAAAUGAUACAGUAUGUAACUU